CAUCCUUUCGCUGAAACGUUCUGCUGGCCAUGACGUAGGGCCAUACCUCGCGAUGAAGGAGGAGGCGCCAGCAUCGCCCAGAGGUCUUCUGGGCUUCGUCCAGACCUUGGAGAGCAGCUUCGGUCGGAGGUUCUUGCUGUUCAUGUGCAUGAACUACUUUGGCCUCAAAGGCAUUGCAUUUGCCGUGCUUCAGGCUUCGAUGUUGCCCUACUUUCAAAAGAUGGACGUCAAGGGCGUUGAAUUCCAGUUGGCCAGCGUGGUUGCCAUGAUCCCAUGGUCCAUGAAAGGCUUCAUUGGCGUCCUCAGUGACAUUGUUCCAAUAGGACGCUUCCAUAAGCGCGGCUACUUGCUGGUGUCGUCCCUACUGGGCCUGGUGGGCAUCGGUAUGUUGGGCUUCUUCGAACAAGGUCGAUCAGGUGACCCUUGGUUCGCAGCCGUGUUGUUUGCCAUGGCCUUUGCUUUCAUCGCCACAUUUGACCUGCUUUGUGAAGGCAAGUACUCCGAGGUGAUGAGAGAGCAGCAGGCGGGCUCGGAAGUGCUGACCUUCGUCUGGGCCUCUGUCCAACUCGGAGCCCUUCUGGCUUCACUGCUGUUGAUGGCAGUCAUCGAUGAUGUGCUGCCCAGGCACUUGAUCUUCUGCAUGCUCCCCUUCACCAUGCUGGCCGCCUGGCGCACCGCCGCUGGGGAUCUGCCCGAAGAACCCGCACGGAGUUGGAAAUCGCUACGAGCCAAGGCGUUUUCCGAGCCUCACCUGUUUCAGUUGGCCAUGUUCAUGGCGCUGGGGAGUUUGGUUCUGGCGGCCGUUGCCACCUUCCAAACUCCCAAGUUACGCUUUUUCUUGGUGGUCUCAAUCUCUUCGUGUCUAAUUCUCUUCUCCUUCCGCACAUUGCCGAGAGUACUCGCCCGAAGUAAUCUCUACAUGUUUCUCAUCUCAAUUGCCUACAUGGACCUUUCGGGACCACUGGCCUACUGGUAUACAGGUACUGAGAAUUGCGUUGAGAAUGGCCCACAUUUCAGCUACCACUAUUACAUUGCCGUCUCCAGUGUGGUUGGUUCCCUAGGUGCCAUGCUUGGUGCAGUUCUCUUUCAAUCCAUGCAGGACUGGUCCUUUCGCAGUGCAUUCAUUGUCACCACCAUAGUUGAGGUCCUUGCUUCCUUGUUUGACCUUUUCAUCCUGACAAGGUGGAAUCUGAAAGUUGGCAUCCCGGACGCCUGGGCCUACCUCUUUGGCGAUGCGGCGUGCCAAAGCAUUGCGGCCCAGAUGAUCAUCAUGCCCCAAGCCUUACUGACUGCUCGGCUGUGCCCCCGUGGGGCAGAAGCCACUGUCUUUGCCAUCUUGGCAGGGUUUCAAAACUUCGGGGCCAACAUAGGAUCAAUCUUGGGAGCACAGCUUGCAGACCACUAUCACAUUGUGACCAAGCGAUAUGGCCCCUGCGACUUUGAGUACUUGAAUACACUCAUCAUUCUGUGUCACAUUGUGAUACCGCUGCUAUGCUGCGUAGCCUUCACCUGGUUAGUCCCCGUGGCCAAGAUGAGCGAUGACAGCGCCUUUGCACAGGAUUCGCCCCCGCCGUCCUUCGCCUCGCCGCAACCGUCGCCGCUGCUGUCGCCGGAGACGACGCCCAGGGGGGAACGUAGCAGUCCAGGCGAUGAUGAGGAGAAUUCCCCCGAUCAGGAGUACUAUCUAUUGCAAGAAGACGGCCCACACCUGAGACAAAACUCGAGAUAAGAUUCCCAGAUGCUGCUGCUGCGUCGGCCGGCAGGGAGCGUUGCGGCAGCGCGGGCGGAUGUGUCAGCCCGAAUGGGGGACACCUUGGGUGGCGUUCCUCAGAGCCAUGUGCCAUCCUCAAAAGUCGGACCGACACCGAGGACGGUGAUGAAAGAACCUGGCCUCUUCGCUAUCUUCGCUGUAGCACCGGCUUUUUACC